AUGGAAUCCUUUCAAGUUGAAAAAGAUGCGGAAGAUGAGAAUCGAAUGAAUGAAAUGAUUAUUGAAAAUGAUUUUUAUGACGAAUUUGUGCCGGAUAAGGAAGACGAUCCUAAUUUGAUGGUGGAAGAGGAAAGCUUUAAACCGAAUCGGAAUGCAAAGCAGGAAGUAAACUCAGAACAAACGGAAAAGCGUUUCAAGAGAUUUCAUCUCAUCAAUGAUGACGAUGCAGCUUUAAGAACAUCGAACAACUAUAAUCAAACAGAUGGAAACUCUGAAGUUGAAAUGAAACAAGAACCAAUUAAAGGCAAAAGGUUUUCUGUUUAUCGCUUGGCUUCACCUUUUAUUCAUUUCUCACUGAGGGUUGAAGUGUUCCGCAAACAUUUCGGAAAAUGGCUUCGAAUUUGUCCACAAAUGAUCUUAACAAGUGAAUCGGAAAAAAUUUCUGAUGGAGAUUUUCACGUUGGUUUAUCACCACGCAACACUUCCAAUUAUUUCCCUGAUUUCGAUGUCAACAAAACGUUCCUAUUGUUGUCGGAGGAUGGAACAUCACUUCAGAGUUUAUUAACCCUCGACAAUUCAUCGUCGUUGAACAUCAAAACUGCAAUUAGACAAUCAAUUUGUCGAUCAGAGAUUGGAGCAGACACAGCAGCUCAAAGUUCACUGCUUAUGUUAUCUGAAACGGUGUUAAAUCAUGAACAAGCAAUCACGAAAUGUUCACUGAACGAUGAUAAAUUCUGUUUGGAUCUCAAGGACGAUGACGAUACAAGUAAAUAA